CCUCGCUCGGCCGCGGAGUCUGCGCGCGGCGGCCCGGCCGGGUCGAGCGCUUCUCCAUCCCUGCAUCCGCGGGGGCCGCGGUCCGUCAGUCUGUCUGUCCCGCGGCGCCGGGUCGUCUAGGGAAGAUCGGGGACCCAGGCAGCGACUGCCUCGACCCGGUCACACCACGGAGCACGACGCGUGGAGGGGGCAUCUGGCCCCGAAUGCCUGCCCUCACCUCCCUGGACCUCAGUUUCCAUAUCUGUGCCAUGGGCGGGACCACCCCUGCCAUGCUGGUGCAGGCCACUGGGUGCAGCUGUGAGGUGGCCGACGGGAGGCCAUAAGACCUUGCCCAGCAGGCCUGACCUUCACCAUGGCAGGAGGGAGACCUCAGCUGAAGAGGAGCUUCUCCAUCAUUCCUUGCUUCGUCUUCGUGGAGUCGGUGCUGUUGGGUGUGGUGGUCCUGCUCGCUUACCGCCUGGAGUUCACGGACACGUUCCCCGUGCACACCCAAGGGUUCUUCUGCUAUGACAGCACCUACGCUAAGCCCUACCCUGGGCCCGAGGCUGCCAGCCGAGCGCCACCUGCACUUAUCUACACCCUGGUCACCGCGGGGCCCACCCUCACAAUCCUGCUGGCAGAGCUGGCCCGUGCCUUUUUCCCUGCACCCCCCUCGGCCAUACCCGUCAUCAGAGAGAACACCAUCGUUUCGGGGGCCUGUUGUCGCUUCACCCCCCCACUGCGGAGGCUGGUGCGAUUUCUGGGAGUCUACUCCUUCGGCCUCUUCACCACGACCAUCUUCGCCAAUGCAGGCCAGGUGGUGACCGGCAACCCCACGCCGCACUUCCUGUCCGUGUGUCGCCCCAACUACACAGCCCUUGGCUGCCUGCCGCCCUCACCCGACCGGCCUGGGCCCGACCGCUUUGUCACAGAUCAGGGGGCCUGCGCCGGCAGCCCCAGCCUGGUGGCUGCCGCGCGCCGCGCCUUCCCCUGCAAGGACGCAGCCCUGUGUGCCUACGCGGUCACCUACACGGCGAUGUACGUGACCCUCGUGUUCCGCGUGAAGGGCUCUCGCCUGGUCAAACCCUCGCUCUGCCUAGCCCUGCUGUGCCCCGCCUUCCUGGUGGGCGUGGUCCGCGUGGCCGAGUACCGCAACCACUGGUCAGAUGUGCUGGCCGGCUUCCUGACUGGGGCGGCCAUCGCCACCUUUCUGGUCACCUGUGUCGUACACAACUUCCAGAGCCGUCCACCCUCUGGCCAAAGGCUCUCCCCCUGGGGGGACCUGGGCCCAGCCCCCACUGUGGACAGCCCCCUCGAAAAGUUAAGUGUAGCCCAGGAACCCGAGACGAGUAAGCCGCCUGCGACACCUGCACGGCUCACCCCAUCCAAGCCGCAGAACUGUGCCCGCCGUGGCCACCUGAUCCCCAGCUGCGUGUCUUCGCGGGCUCCUGCGAUGUGCUCGUCGCCACGUGUGCCCCGCCCGCGGUUGCGGUCCGAACCCUCGCCCCUCCCGCUGCCCAUGCCCCUGCCUGCACCGCCCCCCAGCCAGGGCCCUUCGCCCUCCUCGCCUGGGCCUGGGGGGCCGGGUGGGGGCGGCGGGCGUGGCCGGAAGCUGCUGCUGCCCACGCCCCUGCUGAGGGACCUCUACACCCUUAGCGGACUCUACCCCUCGCCCUUCCACCGGGACAACUUCAGCCCUUACCUGUUUGCCAGCCGUGACCACCUGCUGUGAGGCCCAGUCACACCCCCCCACGCCCUGCACCCCAAUCUGCACAGUCCCCUUUUCCUCCCCUGCCACGCGCGUGCGUGUGUGUUCCGUGUGCGUGCCAAAUCCCACGCCCGCCUCCCCGCCCGGGCA